GCAGGGGGCAAACUUUCAAUGGCUCCUCUAAUACCGUGCACUGUCAGUGUAUUAAAUUACGGCGCACGCUGGCAUGCCCUUCAACUUCAUUUUCAGGAGCUUGGCAGCAUGCGAAAAGCUUUCAAGUGUCCGCCACAUGAGCUUCGUUUUCCAGCUGCAUAAUGGCGCGAGCUCUGGCUUCUGCUUUCAUUCCAGGGAGUCGCUGGCGUAAUGUCCUCCAAGGGAACAACUAUUUGCACCCACUGGAAAGAAACAGCUCUCUUAGAGAAAUACAUUUUGCCCACAAUGGGCACUCCUUGAAUCACCCACGUGUUCCCGUAUCGCUCGCAGACUUGGCACCCGCGGUCGCUGUGUUUGAUACUGCUGUCAGAGCCCCUCAGACUCGAAGUGGGUAGAGAUGCAUUUUUUGUACACGAUCAUUGAGCUUCAUAUGUACAAUCUGCCAGGGGUGCCACAUGGCCAGCGUUGCUCCAUCCCUUCAGCACCAGCUGGGUGGCUUUCUUUCGCACCUUGAAGCCACAGUGGCUUCCAUUCAGCCAACGGUUACAAGGAGGGCACAUUUUUCCUUUGCGCACAUCACAAGAAGAUCACGCCCUUCGUUGAAGACGACUUGCAGCUCGAGGUCGUCACAUCCUGCACAGAAGGUGUUUCAGUUGCUUCCGGAAGCCGGUCUUCAAAAGCCCACCAAGAGAAAGGCCCAGACGCCGUCUGCAAGUCGUAAGAUGGGAGGCGCAGAGCUGGAGGACUCAGUGCUUGAGUCCGAGCCAUUCAAGCGGGAGGUGCUGGCGCUGGUACAGGAAGAUGAUCUGAGGAGUAUUUUGAAGGAGGUUCAAGAAACAUUUGACAUAGACUGCACGGUUGAUGCACAUGCACUUGUUAAAGCUGCACAUAAGGCUAUCCAACAUGACUAUCUUGAGAAAUCUGGAUCCGAGGACGUCGAGGCACCCAUUGCAGAUUCUCUGGUGCAAGUUGGAGUGGAUGAGAUCCUGGCCACUUUGAUGGAACUAGGUCUAGAUCGUUACCUUUUGGAGAAAGAAAAAGCCAUUGUACAGAUAUUCAAAAGAAGUUGAAAGACCGUUACACAAAGCAAGCAACUCUCGCAGCUAAAAGCUUUCCUUAUGGUUGCUGAGGCAACCCGUUCAGUGGGUGUAGUUCGUGGUAAAAAGCAUUUGUUAAGUGGACACUGCAUUCUUUAUUCAGUUGACUAGUACUGAUAAUUGGAAGAAUCAUAUUCUUUGCAUACGGGUUACUAUAGGGC